CUUUUUGCCGGGCACCAUUGUUGCGCACUCAAUCGGUGAUAGCGAGCAAGGUCGAACACGGACCUACAUACAAGUAAGGUUGGCUGGUGUAGUCAAACAACUCAAUUUUCUGGUAAAAAGUCUGAGAGAACAUCAGUAGAGCAGACGAAAACACCGGAUUUUAGCAGUGUGAUCUAACACUGUGACGGACUUUUGCUGUACACUUUACAGCAGAUGGCAAGAUGACUAUGGAAGCCUCAGUCAAGAUAACGGUCUUCAUAUCGAGCUUGUUGGUAAUUCUUACAAGAUGCAAGGCACAAGAUAUAUUUUCCCUGCGUGUUGUGAAUUCAACCUCUAUCACAACCCCACACGGUCGGCUUGAAGUGUUCUACAAGGAUCAAUGGGGUAGGAUCUGUGCGGAAGGAUGGGACUUCUACGAUGCUCUCGUCUCAUGCCGUCAACUUGGAUACCAUUGGGUCAACUACCUCGGCUUAGACGGUGACAAGGAGGGAAGGGGUGAUGAACCAGCAUGGCUGAGUAAUGUUGGGUGUGUUGGAUCUGAGAGGUCCUUAGAGAGGUGUCCAAACGAUGGCUGGAUGCGCCAUGAAUGUAGCGGGUCCUUUGCCACGGUCUGGUGCACAAACGAAGCAUCCAGCCUAGAGGUGGAAUUCUUCUCCUACAUCCACUUUGCCACGGAGGGAGGUCUUCUCAUCCGGCCGUACCCAGAUUCAGAUCCCUACUUGGUCUGCGAUAAAGGCUGGGACAAAGCAGAAUCGGACGUCAUCUGUCGGCAGAUGGACUUCCCAUCGGCCGUCAGGGCGACCACCGGUUCAUACUUUGGGGAACAUCCAUCACGGCUGGGACACCAAUUGAAGUACAUAGCCACUGGGCUGGAGUGCCAGGGGAACGAGAGUUCUAUUGGAGAGUGUCGUGCCGAGAUGUGGUUUACUGAGCAGUGUCCUCCUAGCCACGAAGCUGGUGUGGUUUGCAAUAGAAGAGGAGAGCCAGCAGGCUUUCAAGUUAGACUCGUCAGUGGCAAGAAUCAGCAUGAAGGACUCCUGGAGAUUUUCUACAAGGAUCGCUGGGUCACAAUCUACAUCGAAUCGGGAGAUGAUUAUUUCUCCAGAACGGUUCUAUUCAGUGUCGGUACAGUAGUCUGUCGCCAGCUCGGGUACGGAUACCUAAUGGACGUGACAACUGAUGAUCGGUUCGGUGAGAUUGCAGUGCCGAUCGCUAUUGAGAAUAUGAGAUGUUCGAGAGAUGAGGAGUCGUUGGCGCAAUGCGAGUUUGACGAGAUGGAUGCUGAUGAUGGCUCACCAGUGAACGGUGCUGCCGUUGGGUUCAUAUGCAGUGGAGCACUUCCAGAAGGGAAACACCCAAUCCGAUUUGCAUACCCUGGAGUCAACCGUGGCAGUCAAUCGGGGAGAUCAACAUAUCUGGAGAUAUUCUAUGAUGGCAAAUGGGGCACAAUUUGUAACACCGGUUGGACCCGAGAAAACUCCAUUGUCGCUUGUCGCGAGCUCGGCUACAGUCAUCUCUGGUAUGAUGGGAACGGAUUGGGAAGUGGAGGUUCCGGCUACAAAGGACCAAUACUACAAGAGGGCAUAACUUGUAAAGGUGACGAAGAGAGAUUGGACCAAUGUGAACUUGGGACAUGGUCCCAACACCACUGCAGUCAUGACCAAGAUGUCUCUUUGGGCUGCUCUAAAUCUAUAGAGUCGACUACCAAGAGGUCCCCGCCAACAACCGCCGACGCGCCCGUACACCAGGGUCACGCAGCUCAAUUGUUCUUCCUUUUGUUUCUCAUUUCAUUUAUUUAAUUGUUUAAGGAGUCAAGGUAAAAUCAUUGGUAAAAAUCCGUUUUGAUGUCUCGUCGAAUGGGGCAUUAAUUUAAGAUAACUUGCAAACGUUUCAGAUUGGCGCUCCAGAGUCACGCCGAACCAAAGUCUGAAUUAAGUACAUACAAAAUGGCUUCUGAAUUCGUGAGGAGCGACUGGACAAAUGUUCGGCUCCCUCUGAAGUAACAUAGUUUUUGAGAAAGAGGUAAUUUAUCACUCGAACAUUCAGCACAACCCUUUCAUUAAGCCUCUGGAAGCAUACAUGUACAUGUGCAACAAAGGGGUGUUUUCUUUCAUCAUUUUCUU